CAGUGCCAGAGGAGAUGCAAGCGGAAUGCGCGAAGGCGCGGGCCGUAUUGAACGCGAACAUCGGUGCAUGUUAUGUCAAAUUGGGUGACCACAAAGCGGCCGUCGCGUCCUGCACCGAAGCCCUUGCGGACGAUCCGAAGUACAUCAAAGCCUUGCAACGUCGUGCAUCCAGUAACGAAGUCAUCAACACAUGGGCCUCCUUAUCCAGCGCGUCCGAAGACUAUGCCACCCUCCUUACCCUUAUUCCCUCGCACACGCCCCUCUACGGCGAGAUAGAACGGGCCCAAAGACGCGUCAAGCCCCGGCUCGAGGCCGCGCAAAAGGACGAAAUGGACGAAAUGAUGGGCAAGCUAAAGGGCUUGGGCAACAGCGUCCUCGGGUACUUCGGCCUGUCAACCGACAACUUCAAGUUCGAGCAGAAUCCGCAGGGAGGGUACUCGGUCAACUUCCAGCAGUAGGCGCCCUAUGUAGUCCUCCCUGUCGGCCAUUCUGGUAUCGGCUUGAAAAGUGGCCAUAUCUGCGUGGACAUAUUCGAAUCAGCCCGGCCCUCGUUGUAACAACGCACACCACUCACCCUCGCCUUAAUCUUUCCCGCUAUCAAGCUCAUAGGCACCGGCCCAUACACCCUGGAAUCCCUCGACCACGCAAGAUUGUCCCCAGCUAGCCACACAUGCCCCUCGGGCACCACGACGUGCUCGUCUGAUGGGGCGUACUUCCCGCUGGGGUCCACGCAUACGACGUCACCUGGCAGUCCCAGAACGCGCUUGCAGACGAGGCGCAUAGGGUCGAGGGGGGAGUAGAAGGACACGAGCUCGCCGCGAGCCAGGGUACGGCGGUCGUAGGGUGCGCCGAGACGUGACUCGAUCACGACCUCGCCGGUGUGGUCGAAG